GCGUCAAUUUGGGUCUCAACCACGUCUUCAGUCUCAGAGCGGAGCUACUCAGAAGAGCCAAAACGGGAAGGGGGUUGCAAAUCACUGCGAAGAGGGAAGGUCUAAAAGCUCCCUCCCCUCCUCCCCCAAUAUAGCCUCCUCCUCCUAAACCUUCCCGAUCUUUCAUGUUUGUGUUUUCAUCACGCUGGAAAAUAAGGCUCCGUUGGGUUUGUGCAAGCUAAGAUCUGGGCUGAGAAGGGGAAGUGCGUUUCGGUACCUUGGACAGAGCACGCCGCAAAAAUGGCUCCGAUUUCAGCUACCAGAGAAGAAUUUGAUGAAAUUCCUACAGUGGUUGGGAUCUUUAGUGCUUUUGGCCUUGUCUUCACAGUCUCCCUCUUCGCUUGGAUCUGCUGCCAGCGUAAAUCUUCCAAAUCCAACAAGACCCCUCCCUACAAAUUUGUCCAUGUGCUGAAGGGAGUUGACAUUUAUCCAGAGAACCUCAACAGUAAGAAAAAAUUUGGAGCAGAUGACAAAUGUGAAGCAAAAAGCAAACCAGUGAUGCCAAAGAAUUCUCUUCACCUUGACCUGGAGAAGAGAGAUUUGAAUGGCAACUUCCCCAAAACAACCCCCAAAAUCCAGAGCUCUCCAGAUGUUGAGAACUUGACUCCAAAGCAUUUUGCAGAAAGGGAGAAAAAUUCAAUCUCCCCCGAGAGCAUAAAAUCCAACACUUCACUGUCUUCUGAAGAGAAACAAGACAAGUUAGGGACUCUCUUUUUCUCUUUAGAGUACAACUUUGAGAAGAAGGCAUUUGUAGUAAACAUCAAAGAAGCACGUGGAUUGCCAGCCAUGGAUGAGCAGUCCAUGACUUCUGAUCCCUACAUCAAAAUGACAAUCUUGCCCGAGAAGAAGCACAAGGUGAAAACCAGAGUGCUGAGAAAAACCUUAGAUCCAGCUUUUGAUGAAACCUUCACCUUUUAUGGGAUCCCCUAUAGCCAAGUCCAAGAUUUAAUCCUUCACUUUAUGAUCUUGAGUUUUGACAGGUUUUCCAGAGAUGACAUAAUUGGAGAAGUCCUCAUGCCACUGGAAGGAGUUGAAUUGUCAGAAGGAAGGAUGUUAAUGAACAGAGAGAUCAUCAAAAGAAAUGUUAGGAAGUCUUCUGGGCGUGGAGAAUUACUGAUCUCUCUCUGCUACCAAUCUACAACAAACACUCUAACGGUGGUUGUUUUAAAAGCCAGACAUCUACCCAAAGCUGAUGUUUCAGGAUUAUCAGAUCCUUAUGUCAAAGUGAAUCUCUACCAUGCUAAGAAGAGAAUCUCCAAGAAGAAAACCCAUGUGAAGAAAUGCACCCCUAAUGCAGUAUUCAAUGAACUGUUUGUCUUUGACAUUCCUUGUGAGGGCCUUGAAGAUAUCAGCAUUGAAUUUUUGGUUUUGGAUUCAGAUAGGGGGUCCAGGAAUGAGAUUAUUGGCCGAUUAACCCUGGGAGCUUCAGCAGAAGGGACAAGUGGAGAACAUUGGAAGGAAAUUUGUGAAUAUCCUAGGAGACAAAUUGCCAAGUGGCAUAUGUUGUGUGAUGGUUAGAAAUCUAGAAAUGGGUUGGAACUUAAAAAAAAAUGUUUCCAUAGGCAAGGAGCAAUUUUCUUUCUGUGUAAUGUAUAAUUACAGGCUUGUAACAAGACAUCCUUUUUGUUAAGACUGGAUUGAAUUAUCAGACUGGAAAGCAACUAAAUUUUCACAAAGGUCUUUCUAAUCCAUAGAACCUUGACAUGAUUUCAUAUGAUAUUCAUAUUCUGCUGGAGUUUACAUAGUAAUAGACUUGUGAAGCAGUGUAAACUUCAAUAAGAGCAGUCUAUCUUUAUGAAUAAAUCACUGGAAACUGUAGAUUACUACUCCAUGCAGAAAAUGAUAACCUCAUUAAUAUAUAUUGCUAGAUCAAGGGACAGACUUUUUUUUAAGUCUAAAAAGUGGGAAUGCGUGAGAGACAGAAAGAAUACUUAGCUUGGCUUACCAUUGUAUGAGAAACCUUCUCUUAUGGAAACUCAAGCAAUUUUCCUAAGUUGAGGGUACUUAAACUUUGAAUAACCCAAAUGCAAGAAAUUUUCAACAACUUGCUUUGCAUAUCACAUCAGGUGCAAAUAGUUGUUAUGUGUGUGAAAUAUUGUAUAAUAAUUUUUGUUUUGGGAUUUUUUAUUAUUAUUACUGUGGAUGAAACAAGUAUGGUCUAAAAGUAGCAAACAAAUUAAAAUGAAUAGUUUUAUAAAAAGGGCUCAGAUAAAGGUGAAUACACGUUUACAAUAUGGUUAUGAUCUGUGCUAUAAGUACGACCUGAGAUUCCUUCCCCCUAUGCCUAGGUCAGACAUAGAGCAUUUCUAAUGAAGGUAAAACAUUUACUGAAAUGUGCAGAAUAUUACAAUGAAUGGUCUUUCAUGAGUUAUAUUUUUUAAAAGUUGGAAAUAUCUACAAAAAAGUCUCUACCAUUUUUUCUAUUUGCUUUAUUAAAAUAAUAAUUAAAAAAACACAAAUUGUAUUGUAUUGUGUGGCAGAAAUCAAAGCCCUAAUCCCAUUAAAACAUAUCUGUGUGUUUAAGUUUACACACUGUGAGUGGUCUCCCUGAAAUCAAUAAGACUAUUUGCAAAGUAUAAAGCAUAACAGAUCUUUACAGGACUGAGGCCAAAACUAGCAUUAUAACCACAAGCUAACUCACCUUAGAGGAACAAUUUUAAAGUAGAACCUCAUUUCAAUCAUUUUCAUGUAUCCAUGGCUGAUUGUAUUGAAAAAUGGGGAGGGAAAGGGAGAGGGAAACAAACUUAAGAUUUCACUGUAGUGUGCAACAUGUAUGUAUCAAGUGAUUUAAAUGUGAUCACAGUGCCAGAUUGGGGAAAUAUGUGUAAUAAUAAAGUAAAUGCAUAUACACUAAUUUCUUAUGCAGGGUUGUCUGCAAAUACUUUUCCUAUGUUCUUUUUGAAUGAUAAGCUUUGUAAAGAAGAAUAUUUGAAACAUAUUAGGUAGGAAUACAGAGAAUUAAAAAAAAUGUAGGAUCAGUUUCUGAUACCCUUGGUCAGACUCAGUACCUCCUUCCUUCACAUGUAAUCCCACUGAAAACAGUGAGACUGCUUGAGAAUUAAUGUAUCACAGCAUGAAGAGGGGCUGCAGAAUGCAGCUAAGAUGAUGAAAGAAUUUUAACAAUUUGGUACUGUACUAGACUUUCAGAGAAGAGACUGUUGAAGCCUAUUGGCAUUUUGCUGCUGGCUUCAGUGGGUCCAUAAUUUGUCCAUAAAAUGACAAAGUGGAGGUAGUUGGAAUGUUAAAUAUGCAAGAACAAAAUAAAUACUACUGGAAGAAUUCCAUUUAGGUUCUUUUGGGUUUUGUGUUAGUGCUUUCUCAAGUUUUUGAGAAUGUGUUUGAUAUCACAAUGUUUAUAAAGUUCUGUAAAAUGAAUUUUCAAAACAACUUCUAUACAGAUUUUACGACAAUAGUUAGUGUAAAUGAAAUUCAUUUUGUUUGUACAAAAGAAUAAAAACUGUUUAGAUACUGAUUAGCUACUUCAAGGCUAGAGUUUGUUAACCUUAUAUACAAAGGGUCAGAUCCAAAGUCCAAUUAAGUCAAAAGAAAAAAAUCCCAUUGACUUGGUGGGCUUUGAAUGAGUACCAUAUAGUGGUGCCUUAAUCAUAAUAGUCCUAGCCAAUGGAACAAUUUAGGAGUAAACUACUACUCGGCAUAUUUAAGGGUGAUUGAAUCUUGCCCCAAAAAAGUAGCAUUAUGGAGCAAGCCAGCAACAUCUUUAUUAGAGUAAAAAAAUAAUGUUAUGAAAGCAAUCCACUAAAGUCAAUGGGGUUGUCUUGUAUUAUAAGGUAGAACUAAAGCAAAGAUAAAGUUAUUACAAUUAGAACCACAAGUAGCACAAUGUCUCCAUUAAUGUGAUCAGAUGAUGAGAUUUAACAUCAUUCUGUAGUGAAUACAAAGCCUUUCAUUCAGUACAAUAUAUGAAGUCUCCUUUUCAUUACUUUCUUUCUUUCUUUCUUUCUUUCUUUCUUUCUUUCUUUCUUUCUUUCUUUUGUUUUGUUUUUAGAAAAAAAUGUCAGCCAAAGGCUGCAGUCAUCUGUCAUUUAUCCACCCAAUGUGAUGUUGUCAGGAGGAUGUUUUAAAGUUUCCAUAGCUGUCUACGGGUUAAUAUUUCUACCAGAUAAAUGACAGCUGGGGAGGGAGGGGCGGAGAGAGGGAGUUGGGAAGUAAAGAACUUUUUAUUACUCUGGAAGAACUGUAAAUAGGAUUUUUGUGUUUACGUUAAAGCACUGAUUAGCUUGUAAAGUUGAGUAAAAAUGAUUUGUGACCCAUUCAUAAACCAGACAUGGGAGGAGAAAAACUGAUCCUUCCCCAAAAUGAGAAAUUUUGCCAUUUUAUAAAGUAUAUAAUUCUCAAUGUGAAUCUCUUGAGCUCUGUUAAGGAUACUGUACUGUAUUAAACAUGUAAAAUAAUGUUUGUCUAAGUAGCUUAUGAAAAAAAACUGAAUGGGAGGUUAUUCAUGUCUGAAGUUCUGUUGUGACUAAAUAACUGAUUUCUUAUGCUGUUGUAACUUGAUAGAAGUUAUUUGGGAGGAAGCAUGGUGUAUGAGGUUUUGUAAGUUUUUGUGCCAGCUCUGUAUGUUGUGCCAUGUAUGUAAGACAAGAAUAAACUGCUGCUUUCAUUCAUCUCAUCCCAACAUAAA